AUGGUCAGUGAGCCAAUGAAGAUCUCUUCUUUGUUGAACUAUGAUAUACUUCAGACACCUUACUGGCCUGGCACUUCUUACAACCCCAGAGAAAGCUGUGUCCGUGAAACUUGUCCAAAAGGAAGAGAAAUCUGGAAGAAUGAAAAAGAAUUGAAUCCAACAUAUAAUUUAGCGUAUCCAGCUUCUGAAAACCCAAUUCCAAGAGCUUCCAACUCACGUUUAGCCGAUUAUUGUGGUCCUCUUGAUUGCUCAAAUGAUAACAAGCAGGAAGUCAUAAAGGGUUCUAAGCGUACUGUUUAUCCCAUCAAAAUGGAAGAUACUACUUCAUUACCUCUUACAGAAUCUUCACAAUCGUUUUCGUCAACACCAACAUCAUCGUGUCUUUCAUAUUCAUUGGUGUCACAAAGCUCCUAUGAAGGUCAUGAGUCUCAACUUCUAAGUGCAAAACAAACCAAUAAUGGUGAAUUCUCUUUAACACCAAAAGCCUCUAUGAUGGAUCCACUUUCUGUAUCACCACUUUCUAAUUCUGAAAUUACUGCCAUAAACUGUAACCUUCCUCCAAUAUAUGGUGCUAUCACUAGAAGUCGUUCCACUCCUACCCUUCCUUCUUCCACAAAUUCUGAAUACCAGAUUACUUCGUCAUCAAAAAGCCCACAUUCAUCCCUUAAACUUGCCAAACGUCGUCAUUAUACUCCAAUACAACCAGCUUCUGCUAUUCAGAAAAGGACUGGAAGUGCACGUCCUCAAGGAAGGCCCUUUACUAGCAAGCUUGACGCUCGGUUUUUCUUGCAUGAUUCAAUGGAAAGCUUAAUUUCUGGAAUGAUAAGAAAUACUGACUUACAAAUGAGGUAUUAUGACUUGGUUCAUACUUCCACACUUGAUCUGAGAUGCACAUUAGGAGAUUCAUACCAUGAUAUUGGAAAUGGGCUCUCACUUAAGUUAUUGAAUGUAAAGAGACCUCUUUCUGAAUCGCGGCAACCUCAAUUCAAGAAGGUUAGCUUCAGCGGUUCUUAUAAUAUCCAUAAAAGAGAACAAAAGCUUGAAAAUAGAGUUAUGGUAGAUUCUAGAGAGCCAAAUGUGCAUGCCACUCUUUGCAAGGAAUUUUCUUAUCCAGAGUUGAAGUUUGUGAAAAUUAUAAGAAAUUCCUCUCUGAGGGUCCUUAAAAUUGAGACUUUCAGGUCUGGUGAGGCAGAUUCCAGCCGUUAUGAUGAAGAAGGUGACUUUCAAAGGUACGAGAGUCCUACUUUCCCGAACAUUGAGGUAGCUAGCAAUGCUAAAUAUGAAGCGUGUUCUCCAGAAUGGGUCAAAAAGACCAUUGCUUAUCCACGGUACAAAUCUAGAAUGAAACUUCAUUUACUUCCAAACAGCGACUGUUUUGUUGUGUACAACGAUUUCCAGAUGUUACAAUGGGACUUGACAAGUGGCAAUUUGAAGCAAACUGUCUUGAAGAAUAAAAAAGUUAUUAUUCUUACUGGCUGUGGAAAUAAAGAGUUGGAUGAAAUUUUGGGUACAAACUUCAAUCGUUAA